AAAGUUGACAUCUUGGUUAAGUAAGGUAGCUAGACAGCUAUCAUGGUUGCUUGAGUGGUAACUGUUAGGACACCAUCCUCAAAAUUAUCUGGAAACCAGGAAAUGAUGCUGCUCCCAUCGUUAAGGUUCGUGGUAUCGUGUGGCUGUCGUAACGCCGGACGAGGAUUUAAUCAAAGCCAGCGGACACAUUUACGACAAUGGGUGCCGAAGAGAGGGCAAACCACAUCGACAAUAACGGCAGAAGCAGGCGCCGUUCAUGCAGCCUCUGUAACCGUACCUAACGCUGCCACAAAUCGCAUUGUUGGAAAAUGGCUGGUUGGUUGCAGUGGAUUGGUAUUGGGGGCGGUCGUCUUAGGUGGGGUAACCAGAUUGACAGAAUCCGGCCUCUCGAUGGUGGACUGGCAUUUAGUGAAGGAGAUGAAGCCUCCACAAUCUCAGGCAGAAUGGGAAGCAGAGUUUUCCAAAUACCAACAAUUCCCAGAGUUUAAAAUAAUGAACCAUGACAUGACUCUCACCGAGUUCAAGUUCAUUUUCUACAUGGAGUGGGGCCACCGCAUGUGGGGCCGUCUGGUCGGCUUGGCAUACAUCCUCCCCACCGCCUACUUCUGGAGGAAGGGCUACUUCAACCGCUCCAUGAAGGGACGAGUGCUGGGCCUGUGUGGCUUUGUCUUCUUCCAGGGCCUCCUGGGCUGGUACAUGGUGAAGAGUGGGCUGGAGGAGAAGCCGGAGUCGCAUGACAUUCCCCGCGUGAGCCAGUACCGACUGGCCUCCCACCUGGGCUCCGCCCUGCUGCUCUACUGCGCCAGUCUGUGGACGGGCCUCACGCUCAUGCGCUCCCCCGACCAGCUUCUGGAAACAAGGCGUCUCACACAACUCCGCCGAUUCGCCAAGGGCACAGGGGGAUUGGUCUUCCUCACAGCUUUGUCAGGGGCCUUUGUUGCUGGCCUGGAUGCUGGUCUUGUGUACAACUCCUUCCCAAAGAUGGGAGAGCGUUGGAUCCCUGAUGACCUGCUGGCAUUCUCCCCCAGCAUCAAAAACGUCUUUGAGAAUCCUACUACAGUUCAGUUUGACCACAGGAUACUGGCCGUCAGCUCACUGGCUGCCAUAACGGGCCUCUACUUCUACUCCAGACGAGUUCACCUGCCCCGCCGGGCAAAGAUUGCCAUUAGCUGCCUCACUGCCAUGGCCUACACACAAGUGGCACUGGGCAUCAGCACGCUGUUGCUCUACGUGCCCACCCCGCUGGCCGCCACCCAUCAGUCGGGGUCCGUGGCGCUGCUCUCCCUCGCCAUCUGGGUGCUUGCCGAAUUACGGAAGGUAGCCAAGUAAGCCCCUUCCGAGCUCAUGUGAGGUCCGCGGUGCUGUCCGCGGUCCUGCAGCUAGACCCCAGCUGGUUGAGGAGAGACUGUAAAUGUACCCCCUGCUCGUGGAAAUGGCCUUCUCUUUCUUUCACACCGGAUGGAUCCGACGCGGAGCGGCUUUUCAUGCCCCACAGCUUUGCAAUUCAUUUCAGCAUUCAUUUUCUGAGAAUCGUUUUCCCUUCGCAAGCGCACCCUCUCUCAGCCCCAGCAUACCUGGCCUCGCCUCGUACUCCAGGCAGGCAUAUGACACUUGAGUUCUGAUUGUGUUCUGGCUCUCUUGCUGAUGACUCAUGCUUUUGAUGGAAGUUCUUGAGGAUCUAUGCAUACGACAUGCAUUUCAUGUCUCCACCAUGCUGAACUAUCAGAGAAAUGAGAAAUGGUGGAUGGUUUUGAGUUUGACCAUGGCUUGCCUUUCCACUAUUGCACUGCCUCACCGUUGUAUAGAGUUUAAAUUAUGUAGAGAAUGAGGAGGAUUUCAGGGCAAUACGUAAUUAAUAUGUAUAUUUAAAUUACUGAGCGUUGCUGUUUUGAAUUUUACUGUCAGUAAAUGUGUUAACAAAUGUUGCAAGAUGACUAUUGGUGAAAAUGUCUGUGUCUGUGUCUGUGCACUUAUCUACACAUACCUUUGUUUCUGAAUACUAUUGAGUUCUAAGAAAAGUGCUCAGGAUUGGAUUUCAAGUAAAAUAUUGCACUAUUUACAGAACAAUCUUUCAGAUCACACUUCUUAAAUGAAUGGCCUCACUUUUUGUAUUCCCAAAAGUGUGUGUAUGUGUGUAUAUAUAUAUAUAUAUAUGAAUAUACUUGACGUAGAAUAUGAAAUAAAGGCUCGGUCAAAGAACA